AGGAAACAAAAAUGUGACGACAAACAAUAAAGUCUGAUAUUGUAUCGCAGACUCGCAGAGCGGAAACCCAUAUAUUCAUGAAUUUGUGACGACAAGCUGCCUAGACAUUUCUAAUAAAAACUUUUUAAAUAAAACAUUGACCGCAUUGUUUGAGACAUCGGGAGAUUAGACUGACAGAAUGAGUGCUUUUCUCCGGUGGUAUUCCCGCCACUUAAAAAAGCACCAGGUUGCAGUGAACAUGGUCACAACAGGAGCUGUAUUCUUCCUCGGAGACAUCCUCUCUCAACAGGUAGUUGAGAAGAAAGGAGAGCUGCACGAGGUGGACCGUACUGUGAGAUCUGUUCUUAUCGGCUCCUUCUACACAGCUCCGGCCGCUACAUUCAUCUACAAUUCUGUGGACAAGGUAUUUGGAUCAUCCCAAUCUCCACUCAGCGCCCUUAAGAAGAUGGGGAUGAUCGGCAUGCUGACUCCCUUCAAUAUAAUUACUUACGUUAUAAUAAAUAAUGCGCUCCAGUUUAAAUCACUCGACUACACCAUUCAUCAAAUAAAAACAGAUGUACCGAGGAUGAUCCUGGCUGGUUACUGCCUCUCCGUCCCCACACAGUUCAUCCUGUUAACUGUUGCUCCCCUCAAACACAGAGUACUGCUUGGUAACAUGGUCAGGGUCCUCUGGACCUGCUAUCUUACUCACGCUUCUAAUACUAGUAGUCACGUGAAGGAGGAGGAGGAGGAGUCUUCUGAGUGAAUAAAUAUUCAUCCAAUGUAGCUAACAAUUUAUUAUUUUAUGUUAGAUUUUAUUUUGUUUGGAAUAUUAUGAUUUAUAUGAUGACAUGUACGAACAGUAACGGUUUUUAGAAAUAGAUGCCCAGUUUGAUUUAGAUUUGUACUUUUUGUAAGAGCAUUUCAGUUUAUUUUGCAAAAUAUGUGACAAAAUAUGUAGCUUAAGCUUCAGAAAGCAUUGUUGAAUUUAAUGUAACAUAAAUUUGUAGCAAUUGAGAAAUUUAUCUGGGCUACAUUCCCGGUUCUUGGCUUUAGGAUAUCGAAAGCAAAAUAAGUAUACUAACGUGUAACUUUGAAACUAGGUAAAUAAGAUGAUGUAAGAAUAAUUUUAUCAAGAAAACUACCGAGAAGUAAGAAGGUGAUUUUAACGAUCAGUUUUACGAGUAAAAGUCGUUAAUCCUCCCUGAACCAUAUGAUUUUGUGAUCUACAAAAGUGUAAAAGACGGUGAAGUGUAAUCAUUCCAGCAAGGGUGUUUUUUAGUGAGCGGACUACUAAACUAUUAGUGAGCGGACUACUAUUAGUGAGCGGACUACUAUAUUAAUAGUGAGCGGACUAGUGAGCGGACUACUAAUAGUGAGCGGACUACUAUACUACUAGUGAGCGGACUACUAUACUACUAGUGAGCUGACUAGUGAGCGGACUAGUGAGCGGACUACUAUACUAUUAGUGAGCGGACUACUAUUAGUGAGCAGACUACUAAUAGUGAGCAGACUACUAAUAGUGAGCGGUGGGAAGAUGAGUGUUUUUAUGCGAUGGUAUUCCCACAACCUAAAGAGACACCCUCUUGCGAUGAACAUGGUGACUACAGGAAGUGUAUUCUGUCUUGGGGACAUUCUUUCUCAACAGCUGGUCGAGGAGAAAGGAAAAGACCACGAUCUAGAGCGUACUGGUAGAUCAGUAGCUGUCGGUUCCCUGUACUCUACUCCCAUAGUCGUAUUUCUCUACAACUUAGUCGAUCAGGUUUUUGGACGAACACAAACCCCUCUCAACACUAUAAAGAAGAUAGGACUGCUCGCUGUUUUUAGUCCGCUAACAAACUCCGGCUUCAUAUUGUGCAACAACAUGCUGCGCUCCAAACCCCUGGACUACACCAUGACCCAGAUAGCGGAGGAUGUUCCGAGAAUAGUGCUGACUGGGUACAUGAUCUGGUUCCCAACUCACUUCUUCCUCUUCACUGUUAUCCCGCUCAGGCACAGAGUGUUCUUCAGUAACUUUGUGAGUGUCCUGUGGACUUGUUAUUUGACUAAUGUCUCAAAUGCCCGGACCUAGGCAGAGGACCUGCCCGGACCUAGGAGGAGAGAGAUUAUUGAUCGUGACAAGGGAAUUUAUCGAAAAGUAAUUUUAAAGAUGUACAUAUUAUCUGUUAUCUAUAUAUUUAAUCUUUUAAGCAAUUGCAUGUGAAGCUGAACUGUGAAUUGAUAUUCAUUUUAGAGUGGACACUAAUUAUGAGUUAAGCUUAGUCUAAGAAUUUAUUUAGUUUAUUAGUUCAUAACUCAUUCAGUCAGUGGCGACUUUUACCAUUUCUAUUUCUAACAUUCCCCGAUAUUCGAUUAAAAUAUGGCGAUUUUGUUUAUAGAUUUUAUGCGCCCUUUAGGUAUGGAUACUUACACAAUAUCUACAAUUUAUUUCACCCGACUUUAACAGAAUUAUUAACUGAAUUAUUAAAAAGGAUUGUGUUAUUUGUAAAUAGUUAUUAUAUGGUUUUAUA